UCAGACCCCUCUAUUCUCUAUUUUAUGUCUCCCAUCUUUAUUAUCACACAAAUCAAAUCAAAUCUUCUUGAUUUUUACCUAAAACAAACGACCCAUUUUCCUUAAUAUUUCUCCAAAUAAAUCUACAAACAUAAUUUCUCAUUAGUUAAUUUGAAUUUCUGUUAUUAUUAUCAAUUAUGGUGGUGGAAGAUAUGAGGAUGAUUAGGUUCAUGGAGGAUAAUAGAGAGAUAAUAAUGGCGGAAGGCGACGAAGAACUGAUGCCAACGACGAUGACGACGAAGAAGGCAUUGUAUGAUGGAUUGGCUGAACCCACCAAACUCGUAGUUGGUUACGCUCUUACGUCUAAGAAGACCAAGAGUUUUUUACAACCAAAGUUUGAAUGUCUCGCUAGGCGGAAGGGAAUACUGUUUGUUGCCAUUGAUCUAGACAAACCUCUUUCAGAACAAGGUCCAUUUGACGUUAUAUUACACAAGUUAACCGGAAAGGAGUGGCAACAGAUUCUUGAGGAUUACAGGCAAAUACAUCCUGAAGUUACUGUCCUGGAUCCACCAGAUGCCAUAAAACAUUUACAUAAUCGGCAGUCGAUGCUGCAGGUUGUUUCUGACUUGAACCUAUCUAACACUUACGGAAAUGUUAAUGUUCCCCAACAACUGGUUAUCAAAAAGGAUGCAUCUUCCAUUCCUCUAAGAGUUGCCAAGGAAAGGUUGAAUCUUCCUCUUGUUGCAAAGCCCUUGGUUUCCGAUGGAAGUGCAAAAUCACAUGAGCUGUCACUUGCAUAUGAUCAGUAUUCUCUUCAGAAACUUGAACCACCACUUGUGUUGCAAGAGUUCGUAAAUCAUGGUGGUGUUUUGUUCAAAGUUUUCAUUGUCGGAGAAGCUAUAAAAGUCGUUAAACGUUUCUCUCUGCCCAAUGUUAGUAAACGUCAACUAUCUAGAACCAGUGGUGUAUACCGUUUUCCAAGAGUCUCUUGUGCUGUAGCAUCAGCAGAUGAUGCAGAUCUGGAUCCUAAUGUUGCUGAAUUACCUCCCCGACCUUUACUGGAAAAACUUGCCAAAGAACUUCGUCGUCGACUGGGUCUCCAGCUGUUCAAUCUCGAUAUGAUACGCGAAUACGGGACCCGUGAUAACUAUUACGUUAUUGAUAUCAACUACUUUCCUGGUUAUGGGAAGAUGCCAGAGUACGAGCAUAUCUUUACGGACUUCCUACUGGGCCUGGUACAGAGGAAUAAGUACAAUAAUCAUAUAACAACUGGACGUUAAAGCAGUGGAAAACGGUUUGUUGAAAUUAAUAUAAUCUGAGUCUUGAGAAGGGACUCCUGUGAAGCAGGAAGAUCAAAGAUCGUGCUUCUGUAGCAAGCAUUCUCAAGAACUGCUUGCACAAGAAAUUAAGAAGAAGGGGGGGUUAUGUACAGCUAACUGUUGUGUGAUCCUUUGAUGUUGAAGGCGGAUCACCACUCACCAGUGACUAGUGUGCUUUCAGCUUCGAAUUGCUUGUAAUUACAGACUGCUAUUAGUGCAAGCUGAACCAAGUAUGUCAACUCAUCGAAUAGUGGUAAACAUCCAUCAUCUUUGGUUGUAUUCCCUUUUAAUUUUUAAUUUUACCCCCUUAGCUCUCUACCUGAGUUCCUGGCCAUGUAAAGAACAGGCAGACCCGUGUAUAAAGUUUUGCUUCGCCGUUGUUGAUGAAAUAAAAGUGAACCUUUUCGUAUGUA